AUGAAGGUUAAAGUCAAUAAAAUAGUCUUCAAACAAACCGGUAAUGCCGUCAAACAUCUUUCAUUUUUCAAUGAUGGUUAUUUGGAAGAGACUAUAUGUUUGAUUGAUAAAAGGGAUGAUUUAUAUGAAAUUGAAACGAAAAAUGGUAAAUAUGUAGACACCUUUAAAAUGGAAGUAGAAAAUGAUAAGGAUAUCAUUGGAAUCAAAGAUUUAGAUAUGAUAUUGGAGACGGAAAAUCCACCAUCAACCAACAUUGUCAAAAUUCCACCAUCACUUAUAAAACCCGCACACAUACCCGGACCAAUAGAAUCGAGCAGUCACGAGUUUUUACGAACAACAGACUUUGAAUACGUAAAACUGUAUUUCGAUUUUGGUGGUGGAAAAUACACCUCGAUCGAUGUUCAUAAAAGUCAACAAGAACGACAGUUUAUAGUACAUUUAACGUUUGCCGAAGAUUUCGACUCCAUCCUUAAUAGUGGUGGUUUUAUUUGUAGAGCCAAGAUAAACAUCGAAAAAGAAAAAAUAAAAUAUUCCUAUCAUCUUAACGAGGACCAUACGAAAAAAGAAAUUUCGUUAGUACGCGUAAAUGUUUUUACUUUUAAUACCCGCAAAUAUAAUAAUGUUAGGAAUGGAAUAGGGAUUCUAUAUGAUAUUCCGUGGUUCUAUUUAUUCUAUAAUUCACUUAAUUUAAGUCGAAAGCAGACAACAAUACAUGAUAGACAAACAAGAAGAGUUGAAAAUAAAGUUAAGACAAUGCAAUACAUGCAGGAAAACAUGGAGUAG